AUGGAGCUAAAAAAUGCGAAGCUAGUAAGGUUCUCCAAUGAUGGAAAAGAGAAUCUUGUACCUCCUUGGGAAAAGAUAGAAGCUCACAAACAUCAUGAAAAGCCAUUCCCUGUGUACAAGAUUCAGACAACACUGAAUCCGGAAGGAAAGAUGAGUAGUUAUAAGAACAGAAUGAGUAUAAGAAUUCCCUCUAUUGGAAAGUUUAAGGUUUUCCCAGAAAAUCAUGAGCCAUGGAAGAAGAGAAUUCUUGAUCCUGGCGGUGAUAUCAUUCUGGAGUGGAACCGGGCUUUCUUGUUUUCUUGUAUACUAGCACUGUUUGUUGAUCCACUGUUUUUCUACAUGCCCUCAGUGGCAAAUGAUGGGAAUUCAUCAUGUAUGGCUACUGAUUUGAAUUUAGGAAUUGUUGUGACAUGUUUCCGAACAUGUGCUGAUGUUUUCUAUCUGUUGAACAUGGCCAUAAAGUUUAGGACGGCCUAUGUGUCACCAAGUUCAAGGAUUUUUGGAAGGGGUGAGCUUGUUAUGGAUCCUAAGCUGAUUGCAAGGAGGUAUUUGAGAUCAGAGUUCUUCCUAGAUCUUGUAGCUACACUACCUCUUCCCCAGGUAUCACAAAUGGUGAUGUUAAAUGACAUUAAUUGUUGUCUUUUCUUUUUGUGACAGAUUGUGAUUUGGUUUAUUAUGCCAGCAAUUAGAAGCUCCCAUGCUGAUCAUACCAACAAUGCUCUUGUACUUAUUGUUCUGCUUCAAUAUGUUCCCAGAUUGUAUUUGAUUUUCCCAUUAAGUUCUCAGAUUAUUAAAGCCACAGGUGUAGUUACAAAGACAGCAUGGGCUGGAGCAGCUUACAAUCUUUUACUUUAUAUGUUAGCUAGUCAUGUCUUGGGGGCAUCAUGGUACUUGUUGUCAAUUGAAAGGCAUGCUACUUGUUGGAAAUCUGAAUGCAGAAAUGAAAGCCUUCCAAUAAAAUGUGUUCUUAAGUACUUGGAUUGCAGUACUUUAGACAAUGAUGAUCGCAUGAAGUGGGUAAAUACUACUUCUGUGUUUGGUAGCUGCAACCCAGAAAAUAACAUCAGUUUCGACUAUGGAAUUUUUGGAAAUGCAGUGGAAAAUAAUGUUGUCUCCUCUGCCUUUAUAGAGAAGUAUCUCUAUUGUCUGUGGUGGGGCUUGCAGAACUUGAGCUCCUAUGGCCAAGGUUUAACCACAAGCACAUUCGUUUGGGAAACUGCAUUUGCAAUACUCAUUGCUAUUCUGGGUCUGGUUUUGUUUGCCCACUUAAUUGGUAACAUGCAGACGUACUUGCAAUCGAUUACUGUGAGGCUUGAAGAGUGGAGGCUGAAGAGACGUGACACUGAAGAGUGGAUGAGACAUCGACAACUUCCACAAAAUCUGAGAGAGCGUGUCAGAAGAUUUGUUCAGUAUAAGUGGCUUGCAACGCGUGGUGUUGAUGAAGAAACCAUCCUACGUGCCCUUCCCACAGACCUUCGUAGAGACAUCCAACGUCACCUUUGCUUAGACCUUGUUCGACGUGUACCCUUUUUCUCACAAAUGGAUGAUCAGCUACUUGAUGCAAUAUGUGAGCGAUUGGUAUCAUCUUUGAGUACUCACGGAACAUACAUAGUAAGAGAAGGAGACCCGGUUACAGAAAUGCUUUUUAUAAUAAGAGGGAGACUUGAAAGCUCAACCACAAAUGGAGGCAGAACUGGUUUCUUCAACUCCAUUACCUUGAGUCCUGGUGAUUUCUGUGGAGAAGAGUUGCUUGCUUGGGCACUGCUUCCAAAAUCUACUCUCAAUUUGCCUUCUUCUACAAGAACAGUUAAAGCCCUUGUGGAAGUUGAAGCCUUUGCACUAAGAGCAGAAGAUCUUAAAUUUGUGGCCAAUCAGUUUAGACGGCUACACAGCAAGAAGUUACAACACACUUUCCGUUUCUACUCUUACCAUUGGAGGACAUGGGCUGCAUGCUUCAUUCAGGCUGCAUGGCGCAGGUAUAAGAAGAGAAUGUUGGCAAAGAGUCUUAGUUUGAGGGAAUCUCAGUCCUUCAAUUAUGAUGAACAAGUGAGGGAUCAAAUGGAACAUGAGGAAGAAGAGCACAGUGCAGUGGCUUCAAACACUGCACAAGUGAAACAGAACCUUGGUGUCACUUUAUUGGCUUCAAGAUUUGCUGCUAACACAAGGAGAGGGGUUCAGAAGAUCAAGGAUGUAGAGAUGCCCAAGUUGCAAAAGCCUGAAGAGCCAGACUUUUCAGUAGAGCCUGACGAUGAUUGAUUCACCACUGCAAUGUUAAGUAGCUGAUAGAGCUACCAUGUCAAGGGCAAAGGUCUAAAGUUCCAUUACCAUCUUCAAGUGUUAAAAGCAUUGUUCUAUUCCUCAUAGGCCUAUAAUAUGCAUGCAUUAUUUUUUGUUUGUUGAUGGAGAAGCUUUCAGGUUG